AGGGAUGUAGUAGAUCCGCCCAUCACUAGUCCAACGGCGGACACUGUAUGGCAAGUCGGAGAGAAGCAGCUGGUAACUUGGAGCACUGACGAUUUAUCUCCUAAUGUUACCAAUCCGGUUGGGAUGCUGGUUUUGGGAUACAUGUACAACAACAGCGAGAACUUAAUGUUGAGCUCACCGCUUGCAACGAACAUCAAUUAUACGGACGGUCAAGUUCUGAUCACCGUCCCCGAUGUGGAGACACGAGAAGAUUAUAUCGUUGUCUUGUUUGGGGACUCUGGCAACGCCAGUCCAGAAUUUACCAUC